GUUUCCGAGACUUGAAAGGUCGUUGCAUUUUAGUGCUGAAUAACAGUCUAGAUCACUCUGCGAGAAAAAAAAAACGACCAUAGCUCAAAUUCCUUAGUAAAAAUCCAAGGACAAGGCAAAACUGGACACAUAGAUCCGAAUAAAUACAAUCUUUUUUUAUAUAUCAGCAUGUGGGUUUCACUUUAAGAAUGAUCUUUUCCCGAUUCUUUUAACACCACGUGAAUGCAGGGUUCACGUGAAGUGGACUUAUCUGUUUGUGUUACAUUAAGACUGUGCACUUUUAAACAAACGUAAGUCAAAUUGAAUCUGUAAGUAAGGUGUUCAAAUGUCUAAACACAAAAGCAAAACUACUCAUUGACAGGGUGAGACAAGAGGUGCUAGCUUGUGCCCCUUGCUAACUAACACUACUUUAACUUUGGGCUAGUGUUGUUGUGUUCAUUUCCACUUUGUAUCCUGUUUGUGUUUCAGUCAAGUGUUAUUGUUGCAUGACUUUCACCUGCAUUUUGUACCUAUUACAGUUACCAGGCACAUCUGUGGGGAAUCAGCCGUUUAUAGCAUGCUCCAGAGGCUCGCUGCUUCGUCCCUGUGGAGGCCCGCUCCUGCCCCCUUCGCUGCGGUGGUACGAUGUGUGUCCUCCGGCUCCGUGGACAUUACAGCCCCGCUGAAUUUCUGGGCUGGAAAGAGGAGAACAAGCCAAGAGAAAUGUAGCAAGGAGAACGUUUAUGAACCUGCUACGGGUAAGUCACACAAUACUCAGUUUUUGUACGAGCAGCUUUCUUCCAUUGAACUUUGUUUACAUUAACUGGACUUUGGUCAUUGAUUUGAGAAGUUCCCAAUAUCAGGUGUUGGGCGAUCUGUUUGUGUGUUGUGUUCUACAAGUAAAAAGAAACCAGCCACUUUUGUCUGUCUCCCAUCAAAUCAAACCCAUAAAAAUACUGUUUGCUUGCCAUGCGUAUCUACAUCUGCUCAGUCAUUCUUAAUCUCUUCCUUGGAAGAUCAGGAGCAGCUUCAGUGUAACAGCAUGGAGUCAUGUGAUCACAUCAUAGCUUAUGAUUGUCCUGGAAUUUUGUAUGUGUUACCUUUUCAACUCUAAUUCUGACUUGAUCCAUUGUUUUAAUUCAGAUGUAUUGGGGUCAGCCGCUCAAUCUUUAACACCACCAAUGACAAUGAAAUGCUCAUAACCUCUGUGUCAUUGCCAUGCUAUACUCAGUUUACAGAGGCCUGUAGACAAGGCCAAUACAAGAUGAACAACCUUUUUUUAUAGGAUGACCUACAUUGCACUUGUGACAAUCACACAUACAGGUGAAGUGAAAUACAACACCAAAUUGAAACAGUCUCUCCUUUUUGUUUCUCAUGUAUAAAAAGCCUAAGGUAGUUAUGACAUAUCAGAUCAGUUAGUUUGUGGAUAAGCAUGUGGUGAAAGGGUUGGCAAUAAAAAUGUGAUUCUAAAUAAUAUUGAACCAAUAAUACAAUACUGGAUACACUACAACACAUGAACUUGAUUUAUCUCCAAAGGGAAAUAUAUUUGUCUGGAAUCUCAUGGAGAAUUUUCUCUGAAUGGACAUUUAAGAAACUAUUAAUACAGUCAGGUGAGGGGAGAGGGUGAUAUGGUUGAAGAGUCCUUAAAUUAUUUCAAGUGCAUCAGGAUGUCGAGUCUGUAUCCUAUCAAGAGUAACACAGAGAAUUCAUGUGAACAAGUGACUGAACUCCCCUGGAACAUAACAUGGCUGGAGAGAAACUGCUAACAGUUAAGUAUCUAGACAACACAUCCUCUUCUUGACAUUUAUGUGUAAAGAGUGAAAUAAAUGAAUCAGUAUAACGUUUUUUGUUUAAGUUUACAUGUAGUUGAGACUGAGAGACGCAUCUAAUUAGAUGAGGGGAGUUUGUUACGUUUUCAGCUCUCAUAGAGGUCAUGAGUCAGUACUGGUGUGUUCGUAUAUAAUUCCUUUUCUCUGUUCCAUCCCUGUCUUGGAGUUCUGUGGCUUUGUGAAAUAAAAAGAGACACCUCAAAAUACUUUUUGUUUACUAGCUGUGACUGCUUGAAGCAAAAUGAGGCAGGGCCUCGUUUAGGUCUUUGCCUCGGGCCUUCAACUUACAAAAAAUACCUAUAGACAGCUCUGACAGGAAGAGAUGGAUUCUUGUUUAUCUAGAAUAAGUUUGACAGCUAUAUGAAGCUGUACUGAAUAUAGUUUGACAGGUCUGUGUGGACUCUCCAAACACAAACUGUUCUUUCACAGAUAACUUUCCUUUUCUUACACGUGGUGUUCUCCUUCCCUAAAGCUGUAUUCUUUUCUUACUAAAGAGGAAAAUAGUCUUUGAAAUAGUUUUCAGCUCUCAGUUAUAAAUAUUACAUACCUUUAUUUUGGUUUUAGUGUGCCACCCUGAAGUUUUCAAAUCAAGUUAUCAUUAUUAUAUUUUCAACAGCCUCAUCUGGCCGCCCAUAUGAAACAUUUUACCCAUCGUCACUCAGCAUGUGUUUCAUUCUGCAGGGCGAGUCCUGUGCCAUUUGGAGCCAUGUGGUGCAGCAGAGGUUGAUCAGGCUGUAAAAGCUGCCAAGUCGGCAUUUGACCUCUGGAGCAAACUGUCUGGGAUGGAAAGAGGGAGGAUCAUGAUCGAAGCUGCACUCAACAUUGAGGUGAUUUUUGUUUUGUUUAUCUGAAUUUUGAUGGCUGUAGUUGCAAUAAACAUGCACUGAUUACACUUGAAAAUAUAAUCUGGAGAUAUUCUUGAUGGGAGUUCUGGUAAUUUCACACCAUCAGCACAUUUUUUACAUAGGCUCUGGAUCUGUUUUGUUGUGUGACAUUUACACUCCUCAAAUGUAUUACACGUAAAAUGCCUUUCGUGCACAGAGCAGGAGAGAGGACAUCGCUGAAAUGGAGGUGGUCAACAAUGGAAAGUCCAUCACAGAGGCUCGCCUGGAUGUGGACUCUGCCAGGCUGUGUAUAGAGUACUAUGCAGGGGUGGCCAGCACUUUGGCAGGUGGGCGCAGUGCAACUAUCACACCUUAGUCGUGUGUUUACUAGAGCAGAUGGUGAAUAUAUUAACUGAUUCUGGCAUGACAGACAGUGGAUUCAAUCAAUAUUCUAUCAGGCAGAUUUCAUUAAAGGUUUUCUGUUAUGAAAUAUUGAAGCCACACAUGAUAGUGCCUGUGUUAAAAUCUUACUAGAUGGACUUAGUUGAGCAAAACAAACAAUAACUCAUCUUAUACAUGAACCCCAAAAAAGUUAUAGUACAUUUUGUGAGAGGACAAGGCCUUAUUCAUUGUCAAAGUUCUGAAACCAUUACCUUUCUUUACUGUGUUAUUACUUUUGACCAUGGACCUCUUUUCUCAAGGCCAGCAUGUCCAGCUGCCGGGUGGAUCUUUCGCCUACACCCGCAGGGAGCCCCUGGGAGUCUGUGUUGGCAUAGGUGCCUGGAAUUAUCCUUUUCAGAUAGCAGCUUGGAAGUCAGCUCCCGCACUUGCCUGUGGUAUGUAUGUAACAGUGUAUAAUUACUUUUCUAAAUGACAUCUGAAGUUAUUUAGUCAGUCUGGUAGGUGAAGUUAAUGUUCACCUUGGUUUGAUUACUCAAUAAAUAUUUGAAUAUCUCAAAAAGUGCACGACGACAGUCAGGAAAAGGUUGCAGAGGAGUUUGAACAUGUGCAAGAUAAAGGCCUAUUGUUCGAGGGAACCUCAAAAUGUAACAUUUGAAGUGUUUGAAACAGUACAAAAUCCUGGCAGAAUAAAUACAGCACAUGUGGCAGGAGAUCAGUCUGCUGCAGCUUUAUCUUGUCUUGCUUUGCUGUUUUAAAGCAAUUGGUUGUCAAACUCCUCUUGUUUGUCUAAUUUGAUAUAAACUGCAACUACAGCUACACGCUGUUCAGUUGCAGACAAAGUAAAGCGGCUGGUGUAGGAACAUACUUAGCAUUCAUGUGUUUGCUGUCACCAGCAGAUGGCACUGCUACAACAUCAUGAAUUAAAAAAUUACAGACAGGCGGUUAUCGUGGCGUCUCAUCACACAAACCUCAAGAUGUUUUGAUUCAACAAACCAACAGGUUUCAAAUUAAUUGUUAUCCCCAAAGGACCUCCACUGUCUUUUUCUUUAAUUGUGGGUAUUUCAGAAAAUAGGGCCUGUCUGAGAUUUGUAUAACCUGAAACACUCUCAACUGUCUGUCUUAUCUGUGGAAACAGGUAACACCAUGGUGUUCAAGCCGUCACCAGUGACCCCAGUGACGGCGGUCAUGCUGGCAGAGCUCUAUGCAGCAGCUGGAGCUCCAGAGGGCCUGUUCAACGUGGUUCAAGGCGGCCAAGAGACGGGAAGCUUACUCUGCCAUCACCCUGAUGUCGCAAAGGUGUCAUUCACUGGGAGUGUGCCAACGGGAAAAAAAGUCAGUUGUUUUUCACACAUCUAUAUUUUCAUCUGCAUCUAAUUAUGUAUUUAGAUAUAUGAAUUUAUCCACUGUAUUUUCAAGGAGAUUGGUUUCGAAACUUUUUAUCUACCUACCUCUUAUUUCUCCCGUCAGCAUCUUAAUCAGUCUAUGCAGGCUUUGCAUGUGGUUGGGAAAUUUUGAUGGCGUUUUGUCAAACUUCAUUUAACAGAAUUCUGUUUCUUAAAUGUGUUUCUUAUGUUUUGUAGCUGUUUUUGCAGUAGAUUACUUACUUUUUAAACUAGUUUCGAUAAUCUCUCCAGAAUAAGUAAAAGUUAUAGUAGGAGUAUAAAUCCCAAAUGCUUCUCAGCUUUUCCUGGCUUUCUAAAUAUGAGUUGAAAAAAAUUUCUGUCCUAAUUUUGAUCCUCAGAUCAUGGAGAUGGCCUCAAAGGGGGUGAAGCCUGUGACGCUGGAGCUCGGGGGGAAAUCUCCGCUGCUCAUCUUUGAGGAUAGUGAGCUGGAAAAUGCUGUGAGGGGAGCUCUAAUGGCUAAUUUCCUGUCUCAAGGCCAGGUAAGCAGUCUGUUGAUGUUAUGUAUUAUGUUUUCUUAAAUCUCAAGUUCGUCAUGUGUAUAUUAUCUGAUAUUGUAAAUUAAGGUCUGCAGCAACGGUACAAGAGUCUUCGUACAGAGGAGUAUUCUGCCGGAGUUUGUGGAGGAGGUGGUGAAGAGGACUCAGGCCAUAGAGAUAGGUGACCCGCUACUGGAGGGCACUCGAAUGGGAGCACUGGUGAGUCGGCCUCACCUGGAAAAAGUCCUGUCCUUUGUUGAUCAGGCAAAGAAAGAGGUAAGAUCUCUGAGAAUGACUUACUUUGCUUUACUUUAUCAAAGUCAAACAUGUUUGUUUUUAAGUGUUUGUGCAGCAGUUAAAAUGUGGAGCUGCUUGUUUUAGGGAGCUUCGGUGUUGUGUGGAGGUGAACCUUUUGUCCCCUCUGAUCCUAAACUCAAAGAUGGGUAUUAUAUGACUCCAUGUGUGUUGGGUAAGACUCACAUUUUCUUAAAUUUAAAUUUAUAAUUACUGCAGAAUAUUUUCUUUCAAUUCUUCCUGUAACACUUCUUUAUUCAUCCAAUGUUUUCCCCACUCACAGGUAACUGUACAGAUGACAUGACCUGCGUGAAGGAAGAGAUCUUUGGUCCCGUCAUGUCUGUUUUAUCUUUUGAAACAGAAGAGGAGGUGCUGCAGAGAGCCAAUGACACCACCAUGGGUCUGGCAGCAGGAGUUUUCACCAGGUAAGACAACCAGCACAGCUCCUCAAGCAAACGACUGUGACUUUUCCAAAAUCAAUUAUCUUCAAGCUUUGUGACAAGUCCAGACUUUUAGUUUGUUGGUUUUGAAGAACCUUUUGUACCCUGAAUUUCUUCGAUGAUUUUCUCCCAUAUACAGUAUGUGAAAGCUCAAAUUGUUUAUUAACAGCCAUGAUCUCUUGCUGCAAAUAAGAGAUUCUAUCCAUACAAGCAAAACGCCUGAAGACAUAACCUGAAAGAAUCACUUUGUCUGACAGCAGCAGUUUCAGACAAACAAUAACUUGACACAAAAAUACAUCUUUGUUAUUAUGGUCUUGUUUGUGUAACUCAUCAAGUGACAUCUUUGUUAGAAACCAUUUACCCACAGGAGCUUUAGCUUAACCAGUAGUUAAAGAAAUGAAAACAAACUUGUAAGUACAGAUAGACCCCAGCAAAAAAAAACUGUGUUUAUUGCUAACACAACAUCAUUUAAAUUUAACCACCAACAAUACUCAGUUUUUGAAAAUCUGUCUUUUGUGUUUUUAGGGAUGUGAGGCGAGCCCACCGUGUGGUAGAGCACCUCAAGGCCGGUUCGUGUUUUAUCAACAACUACAACAUCACCCCUGUGGAGGUGCCCUUUGGAGGCUUCAAAAUGUCAGGUACAAACAGACCCGCAGUCAAAAUUCACAGACUUUGUGGUCCUAACACCAGAAAGAAAAAUGAUAAGACAGUGUCUCCUUGCAAAGUCUGAAACAGCAUUGAUUUAAAAGUCUAGUUUCAUCGGCUGCCAGCCAUAUGAGUUUAAGUAACUUUCUAUUAUCUUUCUUUUUACCAGGUAUAGGACGAGAAAAUGGCCAAGUGACAAUCGAGCACUACUCUCAGCUGAAGACUGUGUUUGUGGAGAUGGGAGACGUGGACAGCUUAUUUUAAAACAUGGCGUGUCUGGUAAGAUGAGGCUGUGACCCAAACUCAGAGACUGUAACAUGGAUGAUCUGGAUCAGAACCACACUUCAUCACUCAAGGAAGAAAAUAAGAGUUCAUUUUGAGGCGGUGAGAAACAAAUCUUGAUGAAAGGAGUGAGUGUGGCUUUGGGGGAUUUCCAAAAUGUGAAACAAAUGUGACACAAAAGAGAUGAUGAAAACCCGACAGAAAUGUGAUCUUUCAGUCUUAGCAUUAUUGACGUGCCAAAUCAAUCAAAUUAAAGUUGAUCUUAGUGUUUACUUAGCCUUGAUGCAUUUCAGCUGCUAAAGCAUAGAAAAUAAUGUGCAGUGCAUGUUUUCUUUCUAAACAUGUCAUUCAUGUAUAGAAUAAUAUUUUUAAUAAUAUUGUUCAAAUGUUUACAAAUGAAGCUUUAUUUUCUGACAAAAAACACCAACAUAGUUUUAUACACACAACAAUGAAAAACGAAGCACUUUGAAUAUUAAAGGGAUUUUGUACCUCAGAUUAGUCACAGCAUGUUCUCUCCUUUGCAGUGUUUUGUCUACAUAAGAAUUUUAACAGUAAAACUGUAUCUGUGCAAAGAACACAUUGUCUUGUUAAAUUAGUUCUAACAUAACCUUAAACAUUUUAUAACAAUUAUAAACUAAAGACAGUAGCUUAUCAGCUGAUUAUCAGCGUCUGUCAUUGAGCUCCUGUUUUUUUUAUAUCCAUGCGUCUAGAUUCUUCUUUUCCUCCUGGACAGAGUUUUUGCUGCUCUGUUUCUCUGCAAUACACAAACAAGAAAAUCACUUUCACUAUAA